CAUUCCUACAUGGACCAAUACCAAUACCAUCUACACUGUGCUCCUCAUCAUCCUUCCAAAGGAGUUGCAGGCAAGUCAAUGCUAUGUUUCAGAAUAGACAAGCAAGUGAAAAAGGAUCUCCGUCUCCGUCUCUUCAGAACAAAUGAAAAAAAUGGGAUGCUGGUCGUGCUUCGGGUGCCGAGAUUAAUGGCGCAAAAGGAACGGUGCGGUAGCAGGAGCGCUUAUCGAUAAUGGGCGACACGGAUGAACACUCGUUUUCCUUUUCCACUUCUAUUUGUUGUCUUGCCUGCAACCGUUUCCACAUUUCCAACGGAAAAGCACGAUAACCACAUGGGCCAUCUCGUGUUUGGAUCCCAAGAUCGAUGAUACUUGGAUUCUUCUUAGUCUUUCGGUAAGGUGUGGUCUUGUUCAGCGGCCAUGGCGGGUGGUACCGGGUUCCUUCUUGCCCUUUUUCUACUUUUGCUGCUGCUUCACUGUGCCAUCGCGGAGAAAAAUGUUUACAUUGUUUACAUGGGAGGAAGGGAGAAAGAGGACCUAAAUGUUAUUCAAGAUUCACACCAUGCAAUCCUCUCUGAUGUUCUUGGAAGCAAGGAAGGAGCUACAGAAUCCAUCCUUUACAGUUAUAAGCACGGGUUCUCAGGAUUUGCUGCUUUGUUAACUCCAUCUCAGGCCAGACUUAUUGAAGAAUACACUGGAGUGGUUCGUGUAAUGCCCCACCGCAUCCUUAACCUGCAUACUACUAGAAGUUGGGAUUUUCUAGGGCUGAAUUUCAAGUCCGUCCAUGGUGUUCUCCCACAAAGCAAGUUGGGUGAUGGUUCAAUUAUUGGAGUUCUUGACACUGGAAUUUGGCCUGAAUCGGAAAGCUUUAAAGAUGAUGGUGUCGGUGAAGUUCCACUGAAAUGGAAGGGAGUAUGCCAGGAAGGAGAGCAGUUCAAUUCCUCCAACUGCAACAGGAAAAUAAUAGGGGCACGUUGGUAUGUUAAAGGGUACAAUGCUGAAGUUGGAAAACUGAACACUAAUGGUGGCAUUGAGUUUUUGUCUCCACGUGAUGCAGUGGGCCAUGGUACUCACACAUCAUCCACUGCAGCUGGUGCAUUUGUAAGGGAUGCAAGUUUCAUGGGCCUUGCACGAGGUUUAGCAAGAGGAGGUGCACCUCUUGCUCGUUUGGCCAUGUACAAAGUCUGCUGGGCAACUGGUGGCUGCAGCUCGGCUGAUGUUCUUGCUGCCUUUGAUGAUGCAAUCUUUGAUGGUGUUGAUAUAUUAUCAAUAUCCUUGGGCUCCCCGCCACCUCUUUCUCCAUACGUUGAUGAUGCACUGGCAGUUGGUUCCUUCCAUGCAGUCACCAAAGGAGUAACCGUUGUAUGUUCUGCAGGCAAUUCUGGCCCUUAUUCUCAAUCGGUAAUAGGCGGAGCACCAUGGAUGUUAACUGUUGCUGCUGCGACAAUUGAUCGGUUGUUCCCAACUGCAAUCACCCUUGGAAACAAUCAAACCCUUGUGGGACAAGCCUUAUAUGUAGGAAAGCACAGUAACCAAGCUUACCAGAUGGUGUUCUCAGAAGAUAUUGGUUUAAGCAGUUCAGAUAAUGUCAAAGCAAGAAGUUGCGAAACAGGAUCACUAAAUGCCACUUUAGCGAAAGGUAAGGUGGUUCUUUGUUUUCAGUCUCAUGAUCAGAGGUCACUGGAUGUAGCUAUAAGCACAGUAACUAAAGUCAAGGGGGCUGGGAUUGUGUUUGCAAAUUCUCCAAGAAAGGAUAUUACCACUUCUUUGAGUAUCCCAUCUGUCCAAGUUGAUAUUGAAAUCGGGACAAGGAUCCUCUUGUAUAUACAGAGCGCAAGAAAUCCUACUGUAAGAUUUAGCAGCACCAGGACAAUUCUGGGAACAACAAUGUCUCCUGAAAUUGCCUUUUUCUCUUCUCGUGGACCUAGUUCUCUGUCGCCUGCAAUACUGAAGCCAGAUAUUGCAGCUCCUGGUGUGAACAUAUUAGCGUCCUGGUCCCCUGCAUCAAAGCUGGAAAAAUCCGGUCAUCAAGUGCAUCUUAAUUUCAUGCUUGAUUCGGGGACAUCCAUGGCUUGCCCACAUGUCUCUGGGAUUGCAGCUCUUCUUAGAUCUUUGCAUCCUGAUUGGAGUCCUGCUGCCAUUAAAUCCGCUAUAGUCACUACUGCGACUAUUGAAGAUGCAUAUGGUCAGAGGAUUGUUGAAGAAGGAGCUCCUCACAAGCCUGCUGAUCCUUUUGAUUAUGGAGGUGGUCAUGUCAACCCCAACAGAGCUGCAGACCCCGGGCUUAUUUACGACACAAGCAUAUCCGAUUAUAUUUCCUUUCUCUGUAGCAUGGGUUAUAAUAGUUCUGCCAUUAGGUUAAUGACACAGAGACAUACUACGUGCGGUAGAGAAGUUAAGCUGAUGGAAAACCUCAACCUCCCAUCGAUCUCAGUUCCAAAUCUGUCGAAACGAUUAAGAGUUUUCAGGACAGUAUCAAACGUUGGUGAUGUUAAUGCUGUGUACACUGCCCAAGUAGAGUCUCCUCCUGGGGUGGACGUCUCUGUAAGGCCACACGUACUAUCAUUUAAUGCUACAGUCAGGAAAUUGACAUAUUCUGUGACGUUUAAGCCUCUUCUAAGGGUCCAGGGGAGGUACUCAUUUGGGAGUUUGACAUGGAAGGACGGCUUCCACACAGUGAGGAUCCCCAUUGCGGUGCGUGUCGUUAUUCAUAAUUUUUAUGCAGACAUGAAUUGAAGAUGUCGGAAGCAUGUGCCUGCAUUUCUAUAUGAGAAGGCAUCGAAUAAAUUUGUUAUUCUAGUAAUGGUAUGACCUAACUAAGCAUAUCAUGAGAAAGAUUCAAGUGUAAAGAGAUACAUGUUCCACAUCUCUCAUUGGAAAGUGUUUGACAGCUAUCUUAAUGUCCAACUAAAUUCAAUUUUUCUCCUUUUGACA